AUGAGGCAGGCACAAGAACAUAGGCGUCUGUUUUCAUUUGGUGGCAGAAAUGUGAAAUGUACUAAUGGAAAGUCAAAUAAGGGAAAAGAACGAAAGCCAACAUGUACUUUAAAGUUUGUUGCUUUGUCAGAAAUGGCCACCUCAAAACCACCCAGCAAAAUACGUGACAAAACUGCCUUAUUAAAUGCUGGCCUGGGUGAAGCAUCUAUCCAUUUUUUUCUGGAUAUGAGCCGCUUGGAAUGCCAUGACAAGAUUUUGGAAAGAUUUCCUAAGUUGAAAGAAACUGGAUAUGAAAUGCUGCUUUUUCAAAGGGGAGAUGAUUCUGGUUUUGUUAAUAUUGGUGGUCCACAAACUGCAAGGUGGUUGAAAGAUGCAGCUGGUUAUGCCAAAAUAUAUCUCCGCCCUUUACAAAAAGAUGUUGACAUGGGCUUGAUUGACUCUGAAGAUGAGCCUCAGGUAGAAAUAUGUCAUAUUAAGUGUCACACAUUGGUAUCAGCAUAUCUUUAA